GUCGGAGAGGAAAUAGCUCUGAGAGAAAUCGAAGAAGAGAGAAGAAAUCAUGGCCGUUGAUUUGCAGUUGCCGCCGGGGUUUAGGUUUCAUCCAACGGACGACGAGCUUGUGACGCAUUACUUGUGCCGUAAAUGUGCGUCGCAGCCGAUUUCUGUGCCGAUUAUUGCUGAAAUUGAUCUUUAUAAAUACAAUCCGUGGGACUUGCCUGGAAAAGCUUUGCACGGAGAGAAGGAGUGGUAUUUCUUUUCGCCAAGGGACCGGAAGUAUCCGAACGGUUCAAGGCCGAACCGGUCGGCUGGGAGUGGAUACUGGAAGGCGACCGGAGCUGAUAAACCGAUAGGCCGGCCGAAGACAAUCGGGAUUAAGAAGGCUUUGGUGUUUUACGCUGGGAAAGCUCCCAAGGGUGAGAAAACCAAUUGGAUCAUGCACGAGUACCGGCUCGCUCACGUGGACCGGUCGGCUCGCAAGAAGAAUAGUCUAAGGCUUGACGAUUGGGUACUCUGCCGCAUAUACAACAAAAAAGGCUUGAUCGAGAAGCAGCCGCCGCCACCGCCGCCGCCGCCGCCGCAGCAGCACCACGUUUCUAUUAAUCGGCCGGAAAUGAACACGAUCGGAUAUAUAGAAAACGAGGAUCAGGAGGAAAAGCCUGAAAUUCUGAACGACGGAGCAGUUUCCGGCCGAAUUCUGUCUCCAUCGCCGUCGCAGGCUCCGCCAUCGUCCGGCGUAGUGAACGAUUUUAUGUAUUUCGACGCGUCCGAUUCGAUUCCUCGUCUUCACGCGGACUCGAGCUGUUCGGAACAAGUGGUGUCGUCGGAGUUCACGUGCGAGGUUCAGAGCCAGCCGAGAUUGAAAGACGAGUACUCUGGAUUUCCGUACAAUUACAUGGACGCUUCGAUGGAGAGCGCUUUCUGUGCUCAAUUUCCGACAUUAAAUCAGAUGUCGCCAUUGCAGGAUAUGUUCAUGUACCUUCAGAAGCCGUUUUGAAUUCGACAUGUCGAAUUGAAUUUGAUUAAACGUCGGAUUCCGGCUUCGAAAGCUUAUCAUCGGUCGAUGACAGAGCCGCCGUCGAAUGAUUGCAUACAGAGUGUCACCGUGACGAUGAGAUCUAAAUCCGCUUACUCGGCGGCAGAAGCGGCGGCACUGGCGACGGCGCCGGACUUUUGAGCCGAGUUGUAACGAAGCGACGAGCGAGUUUAGCACGUGUGUUAUCAAUGUACAUAUUUGCUUACAAUAUUUAUGUUUUUAUUCUCGAAAUUAAAAAAUAAUAAUAUUCUAAUUUGUAUGUGAAUUUACAUAAAA